CGAAGAAGACCGGAAAAGGAAGUGGGGUUUGUUUUGUUUUCCGUGACAAACAAGUGUGAAUCCACAGUAAUGUCGAUCGUUUUUGUGCCAAAGAAACUACGAGGAAAAGCGAAAGUCAACCAAGAAACUAUACAGAGGUUACUGGAUGAAAACGACCAGUUGAUAAGAUGCAUCACUGAGUACAUGCAGAAAGGUCGAGCAGUGGAGUGCGUACAAUACCAACAAAUUUUGCACCGAAACAUCGUCUAUCUGGCCACCAUAGCCGAUGCCAGUCCAGACAACAUGCCUGCUCCUGCUGCCUCAUAUCCCACAUCUAGCGAAAGCUCGGCCUCCAUGUCAGCGGUGAAUAGAACUGGAUCCACAUCAUGACAACGACGAUGAUGAUGAUGAUGACAAAGUGGUGUUAACAUCCAUUGUACAGACUGUAAAGUAUAGAUUAUGCAAUCUAAUUCCAAAUAUUUUUGUUUUCUUUGAAAUGUAUUUCAUUUUUGUUAUCAUUGAAUCAUCUGAACAAUAAAUUAUUGGAAAUCCCA